GUCCCACUAAGCCUCUCAAUAGCCGCCUUGCCUCCCACCUCGAGUCUCAUUCACUUCUAAUGAGGUGCUCAAGUGUCUCUGGCUUAACAUGAGGGUCAACAGCACAGAAAUGAGACCUUUUAUUUUAUUAUUAUUUUUAAUAAACACCCAUUUGCAUGCUGGGCUCAUAAAUGCAAACGUGAUAAAUGGAAUUAUGCUCGUUGGAUGCUGUACUGAGAGUCUCUUGACCUCAUAGGAGGUUACGGCGCCCGGAAUUAUUCUUUUUUCACAAACUUGCUUCCACUGUACGUGAUGUGCUGCUGCUGUUGUUUUCCUCUUUCCUCAAAGAGUUCUCCGAAUCAGAAUCAAAUGUGUUGACACUACGCAAAAGGCUAAUAGCAGAGUUGAAAAGGUUGAUGUGUUUUUCUUUUAGAAUCCUCUUAAUAUCUUUUAUUAUCCUUCUUGACAUUUCUUUUCGGAAUUGCCGCCGUCUAAAUUUAGGUUGUGCGCUGAUAUGCUCUUCAAAGCUAUAAAUGGAGUGAUGCCAUAUGUUCUUUUGCACUAACAAUAUGAUGUCAUACUUAAUAGUAAACUGUCAAUAAAAGUUCACCCGCAAGCAAACACUUUUACACAGGCAGAGGAAACACGGUGUGUUUUGGAGGAGAGGCGACAUCAUAAAAGCGAGACAUAAAACCCAGACUAUCAUACACAUUUUUAUAAUCUCAUCGGUUAAAGGAAGCACGCUCAGCAAAUUAGGCCGAAAAGUGUCAGGCCAUUCAGAGGAGCCAUAAACUGCGGCGCGCAUAAUUUUAAUGCUACCUAGUUGCUUUAUAUCUGUAUUAAAUAUUUUUUCUUAAAUUUAAUUUCAAAUUUAAAUUAAUUUAAUUUAAGUGAGUCCUAGUCAAGAGGCAGCAAAAAAUAUUAGCAUAAAUUUUGAGUAUUACACAACAAGGAGGGUUAAAGGAGUAAUCCAAGAUUUUUGUCAAAUCAAUGCAUACUUAAAAUCUGUGUUCAUCAAUAUGAUUACUUGGGGUGAAAUCUUCUCCUCCUGAUUUUUUGCCAUUUAAUUAUAUUGUAUUCAUUAAAUGUCGGCGUUAUGGAAUCCAGGAUACCAGCUGUGAUUCUGUGCAAAUGCAAAUGAGACCGAGAGAAGUUUCUAGACGACGUGCGAAAAAACAGUUCACAGACACCACGUCCCGUUCAUUUAUUCAUUAUCGGUGACUUAUGGGAGAACACUUGGCACUUUGCAUCCAUCCGCGCCGCUUCCCAAACAUCAAAACGAUUCGCUUUGUGUGUGUGUGUGUGUGUGUGUGUGUGUGUGUGUGUGUGUGUGUGUGUGUGUGUGUGUGAAGAGUCACAGUAAGUGACUGUCAGUUAUGAGGGAGUGAAUGGGGAAAGUCGGUGUUAGCGUUGGUGAGAUGCCAACACACAAAAACAGAGCGGCCACACAUUUCGCGCCAUCUUUUCCCUGCUGCUCCUCUCCAGUCAUUUCCAAUCCGCCGCAGACUUUGCGUUAAUACAGUAAAUAGCUGGUGAAUUAUAUAUUUGCGCUGUCAACAUGCUGUCACACUAUCCCGCAUGCUAUCGCAGCAACUGUGAUGCUUAAUCAAUUAAACAGUUUAUCGCGUGCAAUCUGUUCUCCGGCUCCGCUGAGAUGAUUAUUCCUACAUUUUUGUUUUUAAUCUGUAAAAACGUCCUCUUUUUGAUUUGAGCGGGAGACUAAGUGAAUAUUUGAGCUGAGCUAGUGGGGGGUUUGAUGUUGGUAUUUUGUGUUGCUUUCAAUAAUUGAUUUUCCUUUUCAGUGCGCCCAUGACAUUUACUUCUCUGAUUAUGUAACGAAAUAGAGACUGAAAUAUAUUUUCAGCUCUUGUUGUCACUUUGACUGUUCAGUUUUAAUAAGCAAAUUAUUGUUGAUGUAAUUAGAGUGAGCGAUUGAUGGUUUUAUUUUUACUGUAUUUGGGGAUUUUUUUUUGUUUUCCUAACUCACUGAGCAAACAUCUAUUCUUGUGUGUUUGAAGAUCAUGCUGCCUUGUUUCGAUAGCAGUCGACAAAGUUCGACGUAAAUUGCCAAAUACAAGCAAUAAGCGCUUAGUGGUAUUCAAGAUUUAAACUUUGAUGCUUUUUAGUUGCGAAAGUCCAACGUACAGUUGAAACUAGUUUUUCACAUCUGCUCAGAUAGUUCUGUUUUUUUUUUGUCUUUCCCCUACACCCUGAGUCAAAUUCCCCCCUCGUCAAAGCCAAGAGAGAAAAGCAAAGUACUGAGAAGUAACAAGGGGAAGUUGUUUGAGUGCCGAGAGAGAGCGAGAGCGAGCCGGUCAUCCGCCCGCUUCUACCCUCCACUUUGACCUCGGCGUCGCAGAGUGGCCGAGGAGGGGCUGUGGGAGUGCGGACUGUCCUACGAGUGCAGGACCCUGCUGUUUAAGGCCGUACACAACCUGCUGGAAAGAUGUCUCAUGGACAAAGGAUUCGUGAGAGUCGGCAAGUGGUUCUUCAAGCCGCACCAACUGCAGGAAAAGUCUCUGGGCAGCAGUGAGCACCUGUCGUGUUCCUUCUCCUUCUUCCUGCACGGGGAGAGCAACGUGUGCACCAGCGUGGAGAUCGCCCAGCACCAGCCGGCGUAUCACAUCACAGAACAGCACAUUCGCCUCGCACACACCUCCGUCGCGCCAAUACAAGUGAUCCUGAGCCCAUACGGUCUGAGCGGUACUCUGACGGGUCAAGCCUAUAAAAUGAGCGACCCGGCAGCACGCAAACUGAUGGAGGAAUGGAGCUACUUUUACCCCAUGGUACUGAAGCGGAAGGCGGGAAGCGGCGAGGAGAACGUCGAGCCGGCCGAUGAUCGCAACGCUCACGUGGCCGUGGAGGUGGUCGUCGGUGGAGUAAGGAUGACCUACCCAGCUGCUUUUGUGCUGAUUGGCCAGGGCCAGCUGCCGGCGGAGCCACCUCCACCUGCUCCUGCAGCUCAGGGCCUCCUCGCCAGAGAGCAGAACCACUGCAGCGUGCCGCUCACGCCGCCGACAUCGCCGGAGCAGCCUUGCUCGGCGGACAGUGGAUUCGUGACCUCGGCCUCGAGUGUCCCAACGCCAGACAGCAGUCUGGGGGUCAGCAACCUCAGCCCAAAGCAUUCUGGGAAAAAGCUGACUUGUCAGGUGGUCCACCAAGCUUGGAGGGAGUGCUACCUCAGCCAGCCUCAACACACACUCAAGCAGCCAGCUGACGUGACGCCCAAGAAGGAAGUGCCAAACGGAGUCACCACGUGGGAUUUCAAUGACGUCGGUGCGCGAGCACCAUGCAGCUGCUCGAGGGUGAAGCAACAGAAGUUGACAACCACCGCAAACAUCUCCAACCCCCAGAUUGGCGCCAAUCCGUCCUCCGGCUCGUCAUUAUACGCGUCUUCCAUACCCAAACAUAAGACGAGCGAUAAGACUGAAAAGGCUGACAAACAAUCCAAGAGGCCGGCCAUGAUCCCCUUUCACCACCGUGUGUCUGUCACCCAAGAGACCUCUCUGGAGCAGGACUCCCCUGGGGGGGGCCAGCUCAGUGGUCUGGUAGCCCUGGAUCCACCCAUGGAGCCUAUGGCCACUCUGGCAAGCUGCAAGUAUCCCAAACCGCUCUCCAAUGGCAGGAAAGCCCCGGAGUCCCUUCUCUUGUCGCCAAUGUCUCCGCUCCCUCCUACACUUAGUCCACAUCCUCGGGUUCAGGACCCAGAAGUACUGGAAGGGCCCCUGGACAUGCACGUAUGUCAGGAGGCAGCGGUGGGCAUGGGCUUGAUGACCAGUGAGACAGCAAUGUACAUGGCCCUGCUGAAGCAGAGAGAGAAUGGGGCCGGCUGGUGGAGAGGCUUCCGGACUCCCAGGACUGAUAAGAUGGAUUUCAGACCUCCAGAGGUCUUGGCUGAUAAACUAGAGGAAGGGAAGACCGAGGCGAUCCCCGAGGGAACUGCUCUAAAGAGACUUUACACACAGGCGCAAAAGAGAUUUAAAAUCUCCGACGAGAGAUUGCGGGACCACGUCCAGACGCUGGGCCUGCUCCAGCAGCCGGUCGUGGAGGCUCUGCGCGAACCAGGGGAAGACCCUUACGACUUCAAGGAAGGUGACAUCGAGUACACCUUCUCCACUUCCAAGAGAUUAAAGAGUCAAGGGCGAGAAUCCAGCAAGAGAGCCAAGAGUGAAGAAAUCACCAGCAAUGGCAACCUGCCAGAUGGAAAAGAUGCAAUGUCCAUUUUCAACUCUGCUCCUAAAUCAGACGACUCCAGUCCGGACGAUGCCGCUGCCAAAGCCAAUCCGUCUCUGACUCGAGAAAAAGACCUGGUGGUGAACAUUUCGGAUCUGGACAACAUAUUUGAUGAAGAUGAGGAGGAGCUUGGGACGGUUUCCCCCAACCAGCACUCAACCAAAGUCACAGUCUCCACCGAAGAUCGUCCGCUGAGUAAAGAAGGCAGAGCGGCAGUUCCUUAUCCAUCGACAGUAGCAGACCUGCAACGUAUGUUCCCCACGCCACCUUCACUGGAGCAGCAUCCGGCCUUCUCUCCCAUCAUGACGUACCGCGACACGCCCAGCCAGGAGCCCCCCUCCGCUCCCGGCGGAGCGCCCGACUACCUCGUGCCGCUCGCCGCCAGCCAACUGCCUGAAUUCAGGAUGGAUCUGGAGGAAGGCAUGGCUAGUCCUUGGCAAGAAGACUUCAAGACGCAAGUGGUCUCCUCCAUGUUUGCACCACUUUCCUGCCUACCCAGUCAGAGUUUACCACCGCUUAAGAUUCCCGAGCAGUGCUACUACCGCCCGUCUUGGACGCUCCUGCCCAAAAUGGAGCACAUCCCAGCCGCCAUGCACGCUCAAAGCAGCGGUUUCGUCAGGGAUGGAUACACAAAUAUCCCAAGCGUCAGCGCUCUGACAGAACAGGACUACAACCAGAUGAGCGGCACCACAGCUUCCGUCAGCACCACCGUGGGCAUCCUGCCCUCCCCGGCCACGCCUCGUUUCUCCGUGCCCACCCCACGCACCCCUCGCACGCCGCGGGGCAUGAACCCCGCCAGCUGCGGCCAAGGUUCCGUGAAGCAGGACGGCACGGAGCUGAGCUCGCCCGCUUCGACCCCUUCCACCAGCCUGCCUCUUAGCUCCGUGGAGCCCCUGGCCCGACCUCGACCUUGCCUCCCCGAGAGCCACAGCCUGUACGCCAUUCUGCUUCUGUCGGACUCGGUCCUCAACGUCUUCAAGGACCGCAACUUUGACAGCUGCUGCAUCUGUGCCUGCAACAUGAACGUGAAGGGGGCGGACGUCGGGGUGUACAUCCCCGAUUCCACCUGCGAGGAUCAGUACCGUUGCAUGUGCGGCUUCAGCGCCAUCGUCAACAGGCAGCUGGCCCACGGCACCGGCCUCUUCCUGGAAGAUGAGCUGGAUAUUUACGGCCGCUCCUCCGAGAUCGGUCGGGCCGCCGAGAGGAGGCUGGCUCUCGGCCGGCGGGAGCCGACAAUGGGCGACCCCAGAGCCAAGCGGCCUCAGGAUGCGGCACCCGCUUCGCCCUCGCUCAUGGUCCUGCUUCAGGAGCAGUGCUCGCAGCCCAUUUCCUCCCUCGCCUCACUGCACCUUCCCCACGGCUAUUCCAGCUAUUCCCGCAAAGGGGUGCUGCUCCAAAGUUGGCUGUCGGAGAAGCAGUGGGUAGACGGGAGCGACGCCUGUGUGGAGUGUUACAAUGCCUUGGAGCAGGGGCUGCAGUAUGUGGACAACUCCACGGGGGGCAAAGUGGAUCCAGCUGUUGUCAGAAGUACAGCUCUCCAUCCUUGGCCUCACACCAAUGUGGCGGACAUGAGCAUGUUGUCGUCCCAGGACAUGGUGCGCUUGCUGCUGUCCUUGCAACCGUUCCUGCAAGACGCCAUCCAGAAGAAAAGAACCGGGCGAACUUGGGAUAAUAUUCAACACGUUCAGGGUCCACUCACCUGGCAGCAGUUCCAUAAGAUGGCGGGCAGGGGCUCGUAUGGUUCUGAGGAGUCCCCAGAGCCCUUGCCCAUCCCCACCGUCCUGCUUGGCUAUGAUCGAGAACGGGACUUCCUGGCGCUGUCCCCUCUGGCCUUGCCCUUCUGGGAGAAGCUCUUGCUGGAGCCUUACGGGGGUCAACGAGAUGCGGCGUACGUGGUGCUCUGUCCAAAUAGCCCCCCGCUGUUGGCCGCCGCCCGAGCCUUCUUCCAGGAGCUCAGCGCUGUUUAUGAGACAUGUCGUCUUGGAAAGCACCGUCCUCUGGCCAAGGUGUCCCGGGAUGGGAUCGUCCGCGUGGGAGAGGAGGUGGAAUCUGAAAGGCUGGAGGAUCUGGAUGUGGACCAGUGGUUGAGCGGUCCCUGGGCUGGAGAGCAACACAUGGACAACCUCAGCAAACUGAAACUUUAUGCCUAUGCCUGUAAACUGCAACUAGGACCCCAGUUGUCAGUCCUGCCUCUGGACAGCACACUUCUCUUGCCACCCAGAAUCCAAACAUCCGCCUCUUCAGCGCAGCCCGCCUCCUCCGGCCAGCCUCAAACAUGGGCAACCGAUGCAGAAGCAGCUUCCGGGGCUCCCGGGGCUCCCGGGGCUCCCGGGGCUCCCGGGGCUCCCGGGGCUCCCGGGGCUGGAGGCUCAGCCACUCCAGCCGCAACACCUUCCGGCCAGACGGCGGAGUUGACGCCUGGGGGCUCCGGCGAGUCCAAAGGCCCCUUGAGUGGCGCACCAGCAGCCAACACACCAGCAGAGAACUCUGACGCCACCACCGAGCAGUCCAGAAUCGGCAUCCCGACCGGCCCAGACUCCACGGACAGCCGCACCAACCCACCCGCCAUCGUCGUUUACGUCGUGGACGCUUUUCUUAGCCCGACAGGCAUGCGGAGCGAAGGAGGGGAGGAAGAGGAAGGUGACGAAGUCGAGGCGGAGAGCGUGUGGCUGCUCGGGCUUCUUCGCUGCUACACGGAAAUGCUGCAGACUCUGCCCGAGACCGUUAGACCUGCACUCGUUCUCCAGGUGGUGCCAUGCCAGUACCUCCUGCAGCCUGCCAGCGGGGAGAGCCACUUGUACCUGCAGCACUUGCGCUCGCUGGCCUUCUCAUGCUACUCGCAAUGUCGACGCCUGCGGCCCCAGCACACGCACAUCAAGUCCCUGACCGGUUUUGGCCCAGUUUCCACUGUCACGUCGGUCCUCAAGAGCCCAGAUCAUCCCAGCCCAGUGCACUUGUACUCGCCCCCCUUCAUCCUCGGGCCCACCCGGCCCAAGCAGCCAGAACAAGGAGAGAUUUGGGCCGAAGUCCCUCCCAGGUACAACGUGCUCUUUGUGGGGUACUGUCUGUCACAUGACCAACGCUGGAUCCUGGUGUCGUGCACGGACCAGCAAGGAGAGCUGCUAGAGACGUGCAUCAUCAACGUGGACGUUCCCAACAGGGCACGGCGCCCGAAGGUGUCCGCUCGGAAGAUGGGUCUGCAGAAACUGUGGGAGUGGUGCGUUGGCAUCAUCCAGAUGACCUCAUUGCCGUGGAGGAUUGUGAUUGGUCGGUUAGGGAGACUGGGCCACGGCGAACUUAAAGACUGGAGCUCGCUCCUCGGGGAGCACUCGUUGCAUUCCACAGGGCGCCAGCUCAGGGAGGCGUGUCGCAUGUGCGGCAUCUCGGCGGCGGACACCCCCUCCAUCCUAAGUGCCUGCCUGGUAGCCAUGGAGCCGCAGGGCUCCCUCGUGGUCAUGCCCGACGCCGUGACGAUGGGCUCCGUGUUCGGCCGCAGCACCGCCUUGAACCUGCAGACGUCGCAGCUCAACACGCCUCAGGAUGCCUCGUGCACACACAUCCUCGUCUUCCCGACGUCCGCCACCACCCAGCUGGCGCCGAGCUCCUACCCCACUGAGGACAAUAACGACGACAUGUUCGACUUGCCCUUUCCUGACGAACUGGAGAACGACAUCGGCCAUGACAUGAUGCUGAUCACGGGUAACCUCCAUCCUUCGCCCAACACCUCCCCUGUGCCGUCACCGGGCUCACCAUCCGGAAUGGGAUCCCACUUUCAACACACCAGGAGCCAAGGGGAGCGCUUACUAUCCAGAGACAAUCCUCCGGAAGAGCUGAAGCAGCAGCCGCUGGCUCUGGGCUACUACGUCUCCACAGCGCAAGCGGGUGGACUCCCGCAUUGGUUCUGGGCCCCCUACCCUCAAGCUGAGAACCAAUGUCCUCUCUUCCUCAAGGCAUCGCUCCACCACCACAUCUCCAUGGUCCAGUCCGAUGAGCUGGUGGCAGACAAGACAAAGAGGACCCCUCACCCGCUGGACUCAAAAACCACCUCAGAUGUGCUCCGAUUUGUGUUGGAGCAGUACAAUGCACUGUCCUGGCUGACCUGCACGCCUGCCACCCAGGACCGGCAGUCUUGCCUCCCCGUCCACUUGGCCGUGCUGGUCCAGAUGUACAACGCCAUCCUCAACAUGCUAUAGCCGUGUGCUCCUGCCUCCUCGGCCCACCCACCCGUCCGUCCGUCCAUCUCAGAGACCCAGGGCCUGGAAUGUAAAUCAGAGUGACAAUAUGCAGCGUCAGUAGAGAAAGAAAACAAGUCCAACUGGUGCUUUCCCAUGGAGAGAAACUUUUUUUUUCCUUUCAACCAACGUUCGCAGAACAAAAUGUCAUACCUGUAAUAUUGUGCAUGGCAACACGUGCACAUUUGAGGCAUUGUUGUGUCGUUUUUUUUUACCUUUUUUUGUGUACAAAAAUAAAAGCACUGUUGGAAGGUUAUCUUUUAACACCGACGGGGGAGCGUUUGCAGACGGCACUUUUUCGUCACCUUUCAAAGGGUUGGACAGAAGCGAUGGCGGUACAAAAAAUAUGAAGACAGGCAGGGCUGUUCAUAAUGUAAAACAUUUGCAAAGAAUUUAAAGUUAUUUUGUAAUAUUUAAAAUGAAAAAGAAAAAAAAAAGGCCUUUUUAUUCCCAAACAUUAAAUAAAUCGCUUGGGAUCUGAAAUGAACAUUGUCAAUUUAAUGCAAUAUUUAUACAAAUUAUAUCAUGUGAUAGAAUUUGAUAUCUAUACGUAUAUACUUAAUAAAUAUAUAUUACCUCUUCCAAACAGGCACUUAACGAAAAGAAAGGGUGAUGGAAACAAAUCUCUUAAAUGUAAAGACUGACCCUCAAUUACACAAAAACAAUAUAGUUUGUUAUUUAAAGCCCUUCAAUUAAAAAUAUGAAAGAUAUUUAUAACAAAACAAAUCUUUGAACUAGGCAAUCGAACAAGUUAAAAAAAAAAGACACUUGAUUUGUCGCCCAGAUGAUGUCAAGAAUCACGAGAAAGUACCAUUCUCUCUUCACUUUGUUAUUUGUUACAAUCUGAGCAUGUUUGUAUUAUACACCACUCAGCUGUGUUUUUCUGGAAUUUUCUAAAGCUGUACAUUUCAAGCUAUUGUUUUUUUUGCAGUGAGCUUUUAUACAUAUAUAUAUAAACAGAUACAGUAUACAGUGCAAAUGUCAUUUACUUCCAGCCAAAAAUGUGGAAAUUGCCAAGUGAGCGCUCACAAAUUGUACAGACAAAUGCAAGUUUGCAAGACUUUGUUACGUCGGUCAUGAAUUUGAAUAUGGAACAGAUCCACACAAGUGGGAGAUAUCUGUUACUUUUACACUAUUUUUUAAAGUAAAUUAUUAAAAGGCUUUCAAGUGA